ACCAGUCCGCUGGGAGGAGAGAAGCGAGGUAGACUGUAGCCAUGAUCCGUACGGCGCUCCCAGUGCUACCAGUGCUGCUGCUCGCGUGUCUGAGUGAGGCGAAGCUCAAAGACUUUUACACUUUUAAGGUCGUAAACAUCAGGGGGAGGUUAGUUUCUCUGGAGAAAUACCGCGGCUCGGUGUCGCUGGUGGUGAAUGUUGCAAGUGAGUGUGGUUUCACAGAGGAGCACUACCGAGACCUUCAGCAGCUCCAGCGUGACUUUGGCCCCCAGCAUUUCAACGUUCUGGCCUUCCCCUGCAACCAGUUCGGUCAGCAGGAGCCCGGCAGCGACAAAGACAUCGACAGCUUCGUGCGCCGCGUCUACGGCGUCUCCUUCCCGCUCUUCAGCAAGAUCGCUGUGGUGGGCACCGGAGCCAACAACGCCUUCAAGUACCUAGCAGAGUCUACUGGGAAGGAACCGGACUGGAAUUUCUGGAAGUAUCUGAUUGACGUGGAUGGUAAAGUGGUGGGAUCAUGGGGGCCCCGGGUGUCUGUGAGUGAGAUCCGGCCAAAGAUCACAGACAUGGUGCGAAGACUGAUCAUCAGACGCAAGGAGGAACUGUAGCAGAACACAGGGAUGGCAUGAGGAGAUCUCUGACACACACACACACACACACACACACACCAGCACCACAACAGUGCACAAACACAACAGCACCGCAAAAGCAACACAGCAGUGCACUAACACAAGAGUGCACUAACACAACUGCAAAACAACCAUGCAAUAACACAACAGUACACUAACACAACAGUACAAUAACACAACAGUACACUAACACAACAGUACACUAACACAACAGAGCACUAACACAACUGCAAUACAACAGUGCAAUGACACAACAGCAACACAACAGUGCAUUAACACAACAGCACCACAAAAGCAACACAACAGUGCACUAAAACAACAGUGCGCUAACACAACUGCAUCACCACAGUGCACUGAUACAACAGAACUGGCCGCAAGCAGCAAGAACUGGCCCCAGGGAAAAGGUGUUGUGUACUAUUGUUGGAGGUAGCAGACCCUACUCCACACACCCGUGUCGUGUUGGUGUUGACACUCAGAGUAAACGCCACUAAUCCAAGACCAGGUCCACCUGAGAGUGUCCAUUUAUUCCACAGUGAAGGGAAGGCAGAGAAGACUCUUAGAUUGGCACUUCAGUCUUAAGCAGCUUGUUCAGUCUAAGAUGUAAUGCCUUACUGGAUCUGUAGUUUCCAUGGUGCCAAAUGCACUCUACCUGAUCUGUGUUCAUGUGUUAUGUCUGGAGAUAUUAAAGGUGUGUUCUACCUGAUCUGUGUUCAUGUGUUAUGUCUGGAGAUAUUAAAGGUGUGUUCUACCUGA